ACGCAGUCAUGCCCGCAGUUGUGUGCUACUAACAGUAAAAGAAAAAGUAGUAGAAGCACCGGAAUGGGAACAGGCCUUCCCCUUUGCGAAGGAAACGAGAAAUCAAUGCCUUAUGAAGGGGCUCUGAUGUCUGAGCUCCUCCCUUGCUGAAAAUUGGACUGAAGUCUAUCGAUAUCGUCUAACCUGCAGGGUUUCGACAAAUCUACCGAGUGAUAAGUGAGAGCGUCGGACUCAAGAGCACUGUGGACGUUUUUAGUGUUGUCAUACGGUGAACAGCUAUUAUGAACGAUAAGAUCGGCAUGAGAUGUCUCGAGGAUUAGCUUCCUUGAGUUACGACAGUUGACGUGGUAAUAGUCGACCAACAUCCUUGCACGUCCAGUGUGGUUUUCGACAGGUACCACCCGCCCAUCGAGAAUGGGGUAUAAAUGCUCCAAUGGAAGCAUCGAAAUGCAAGUGUCGAAUAUUAUCUGAAAUGACAGCAAACGCGAUUAUAACAGUCUUGAUGUUUCUUCUCCGUCAAAGUCAACGUUGAAUCUUUCGACAUCCAGGACGCUUGGAGCCGAAGAUAAAAGGUACAGAAUGGUAUUCUCGAGACUUGGCUUCGCAUGCACAGUUUUGCUGUGUGCUGCGUUCAUCCAGACCGCCAGGGGCACGAAAUGCAGAGCAAGCGACUCGGCAGCGCUUCUGGAACUCAAAGAGGGCUUAUCUUGCCAGGAGAUCAAUCCUAAUUAUAUCUGUCCGUUCGACUCGUGGCUACCGGGGACAGAUUGCUGCGUGGGCUGGCAGGGGAUAAGCUGUGAUGCUUCAGGCCAAGUGACAGGAUGGAGAUUGCAAGGUUACUGGAACAGCUACUUGACUUUCCAAAUUGGACGACGUGAUAGUUCUGACAAGUUUCUCACGCAGCUUUCCCGAGUGACGGCUUUGGAAAGCAUCGACAUUAGCUUUGUCAACUUCGGGGGCGCAGCUAUUCCGAAAGAAUGGGGGCAGCUCUCCAAACUGAAGAAUUUCAACAUCGAGGCGGUCAAAGGCUUUGGUCAGGGGGGAAUUCCCAAGGAAUUCGGUAACCUGAAAAACCUGCAGAGGUUUUACUGGAACACUUUAGUCCCGGACCUGUUGGGUCCAGGAUUGAGUAGCAACACCGGGGUCCCCAAGGAGCUCUGCAAACUGCACAACCUUCGUGAAUUUACCGUUUUCCUCCUUCCGGAGUGGUCGGGAACUUUACCGAGCUGCAUCGAUGGUUGGAAGAGCAUUCAGACCAUCAGCAUCAAAAAUGGUGACUCGGGAAAUUUCGGAGGCGUUUUGAAAACCGGGGGUCUGACCGGAUCACUUCCAUCAAACCUUGGCAAGCUCAAGAAUCUCACCGAGCUCUCGCUUGUCGGCAACAAAUUCACAGGCAGCAUCCCCACGUCGUUGGGAAAUCUAUCAAACUUGAUAACUCUUCGACUCAGCUACAAUCGACUGCAUGGGAAGGUACCGUGGUCCGAGCUCUCGAAGCUGAAGUCUCUUGAAUGGCUCGAUCUGAGCACGAAUGGAUUCUACGGACCUCUUCCGCAGCCCUUCUUUCCGAACGCGUUUCAAGAUCUUCAACAGCUGGAAAUCGACAACAAUAACUUCUGGGGCGAAAUCCCUCGCCGCUUGAUCGAUUUGCCCAAGAUAAAUACGCUCAGACUCCAGCACAACCGAUUCUGGGGCUUGAUUCCUUCCGCCGGGCCGAACAACGUCGGAUCACCGAUGUAUUAUUGGGACGUGUCCUUCAACUACCUCUCGGGAACUCUUCCUAAACUUCCACCAAGCCUGAAUUACUUCCUGGCGGCGAAUAAUUCUAAUAUCCAAGGCAGUAUUCCUGCUAGCUACGGCUUUCUGUUCACCCUCAAUCUCGCUAACAAUCGCCUGACCGGCUCUGUUCCAGACUCCGUGAAACAAGUGCAAGUCCUGGACCUGACGGGCAACAACUUUUCCAACUACCCGUAGUGGUAGAUUCAGGUGCCUUCAUGUACAGCAAAGGUUUUGAGCACAUGCUCAGUUGGUUGGUCUGCACAUCCAUCAGGUGCUUCAAUUGCAGGUUUCUUCUUACUUAGUUCCGUAGUCAGUUCAGCUUCACCGUUCAGUUCGUGCAGAAUAGUCUCAAUCAAGGAGGUGGCCACGAGCUAAAGUCGUGAUGCGCUCACUGCCAGAUUCUCAGACAUCGAAGACAGGAGUGGGGCAGAUCAUUCCUGUUGAGUUCGGAGAUUGAGAUGGGCACCCGCAUUUGUCGCCUGUGUGGCAUGACUCAUUGAAUGAAUAAAAAUGUACUUCUUAA